UUAUAUAAUGUAGUGUUUAACACUAAAUCUGCUUAAAAACAGUACGUUUUCUGCUCUUUAAAAGCAUUGAACAGUUUGCUAUAAAAAAUCAUAUCAUGCAUUAAAGAAGGAAUUGUUAAUAGUGCAAAUGAAUCUAAUACAGUCCUAUGACAUUCCCCUGCAGCUGCUCCCACAUAAGCUGUAUAAAACAAAAGACAGGGGUGUAGGGUGAACCUGUUAGUUCAGACAUACAGACAUGUUGACGGUCAAUGUCACCAGCACACGCAUCACUCCCACAAUCAAUUCUAAUGUCAGCACACGCUUGAUAAGAGUCGUCAAGAGCAGCUGCUGUAGUCCCUUUCCUCGUCGCAGCCAGGACCCAGUCCAGAAAGCUCAAGACUGUCUGCUGCGCGGAGUGUCCAAUAGGAAAAUUCCGCUGCGCUGUUACUAGGUGGUUUGGGACUUUCUGAACCAAUCAGAUUAUUGCUGGUGACGGGAGGGCGCGGGGAGCUGGAGGUAACAGAGUGCGCGAGAGUCCGAGUGCAAGGGAAGCCUUAUCACGGAGGCACGGCUAAAGACAACAUUUGCAAAAUGCCGAAUAAAACAAAAAAGGAGAAGGAACCCUCCAAAUCUGCAAAAAGCAGCACAAAAAACAAUAAUUCUGGAAGCGGAAAGGAUGCUGGAACUGAGAAUUCGGACGAGGCCCAGCAGACAGCCAGCAAGCGUCCGAGCAACAGCACUCCACCUCCUACUCAGCUUAACAAAAUCAAGUACUCAGGUGGGCCACAGAUUGUAAAGAAGGAACGUAGACAAAGCUCAUCACGAUUCAACCUCAGCAAGAACCGAGAGCUGCAGAAACUCCCCUCACUCAAAGAUGCCCCGCCCAUCGACCGAGAAGAAUUGUUUGUCCAGAAGCUGCGGCAGUGCUGUGUGCUUUUCGACUUUGUGACUGAUCCACUAAGCGAUCUCAAGUACAAAGAGGUGAAGCGAACUGGCCUCAACGAAAUGGUGGAGUACAUCACACACAACCGCGAUGUGGUCACGGAGUCCAUCUACCCUGAAGCUGUCAUAAUGUUUUCUGUAAACCUGUUCAGGACUCUGCCACCUUCCUCAAACCCUACAGGAGCAGAGUUUGACCCUGAAGAGGAUGAACCCACUCUGGAGGCAGCUUGGCCUCAUCUACAGCUGGUGUAUGAAUUCUUCUUAAGGUUCCUGGAGUCACCUGAUUUCCAGCCUAAUGUUGCCAAAAAAUACAUCGACCAAAAGUUUGUAUUGUCGUUGCUGGAGCUUUUUGACAGCGAAGACCCUCGCGAACGGGACUUCCUGAAGACCAUCCUGCAUAGGAUAUAUGGAAAGUUUUUGGGUCUAAGGGCCUACGUCCGUCGGCAGAUCAACAACAUAUUCUACAGGUUUAUAUAUGAGACGGAGCAUCACAAUGGAAUUGCGGAGCUCUUAGAAAUCUUAGGAAGCAUAAUUAAUGGCUUUGCUCUGCCACUGAAAGAAGAGCACAAAAUGUUCCUCAUCCGAGUGCUGCUGCCUUUACACAAAGUCAAGUCUCUUAGUGUCUAUCACCCACAGCUGGCCUACUGUGUGGUGCAGUUUCUGGAGAAGGACAGCAGCCUCACCGAACCUGUGAUUAUGGGACUUCUGAAGUUCUGGCCCAAGACCCACAGUCCUAAGGAAGUGAUGUUUCUGAAUGAGCUGGAGGAAAUCCUAGAUGUCAUUGAGCCCUCAGAAUUUGUUAAAGUCAUGGAGCCUCUGUUUAGACAGCUGGCCAAGUGUGUAUCAAGUCCACACUUUCAGGUUGCUGAAAGAGCGUUGUAUUACUGGAACAAUGAGUACAUCAUGAGCUUGAUCAGUGACAACGCUGCCAAGAUUCUGCCCAUCAUGUUCCCAGCUCUCUACAAGAACUCCAAGAGCCACUGGAACAAGACAAUCCAUGGGCUUAUCUACAAUGCUUUGAAGCUCUUUAUGGAGAUGAACCAGAAGCUGUUUGAUGACUGCACUCAGCAAUACAAGGCUGAGAAACAGAAAGAGAAGUACAAGGUGAAGGAACGAGAAGAGAUGUGGCAUAAAAUUGAAGAGCUGGCGAAACAGAAUCCUCAGAUUACAAAGGUCCAUUCUCCGCUUCGGCCUGGUCUGGCCCAAGACGAGUAUAUGAUGUAUAAUGAAAACACGGGAGGAGUGCCCCUAUUCUCAAUGGAGACCGAGACUCCUACAGCAGAGGACAUCCAGCUCCUGAAGAAGACUGUGGAGUCGGAAGCCACACAGGGAAUGAAAGACAUCAAGAAAGACAAGGUUUUGAUGAGGAGAAAGUCUGAGCUGCCUCAAGACGUGUACACUAUAAAAGCCCUGGAAGCUCACAAGCGAGCAGAAGAGUAUCUGACGGCCAAUCAGGAAGCCCUCUGACCAGGGAGCACCGCCGCCCUCCACCACGCCUAAACUGUCCCUCUCGUCUUGGUCCAAAAUUGUCGCCUGCUGAAUAAACCUCUCUAUUCAUCUGCCUUUAUCCAUCCUCUUUCCUCCCUCGCUAUUGUCUGCAACAAUCCAGCCCACAGAGCAGUGGAGAGCUCCCAUGCACGCCAUCUCAAACCCAUUUCCCCCCACAAAUGCACACGAGUUCAUAGGUUCUGAUCCCUUAAACAAGGUUGUAAGAAAGCAAAUCGGUUACAAAUAAUCCAGCUAUGCUCAUUUUUAUGUCAUUUUGUUUAUUUCUCCACACUCCACUUCCAGGCAUUUGUCUGCAUGCUUUUAUUCCAUUUGUUCUGAAUUUGCUGUUUCUGUGACGUGUUUGGCACAAAGGGACUGGACUUAACCAAAUAAGUCAUGUUACUCAAGUUAAAAGGGAUAGUUCACCACAAUAUUUUCUUAUCCUGAUGAACACAAAAGAAGAUAUUUUAAUAAAUGAUGGUAAGCACACAGCUGAUUUCAACCAUUGACUUCCAUAGUAGGAAAACAAAUAUUAUGGAAGUAUUGCGAUAAAUGAUAAAAAAGUUAUGGUAAGCAUACAGUUGACGGUACCCAUUGAAUUCAAUCAUAUUUGUUUUCCCUACUAUGGAAGUCAAUGCUUACAAUCAGCCGCUUGCCAUCAUUUCUCAAAAUAUCUUCUUUCGUGUUCAUCAGAAAAAAAAAAUUCAUACAGGUUUUAAACACGAGGAUGAGAAAAUGACGACACAAUUGAACUAUCCCUUUAAAUCAAGGGUGGGAAUUCCUGCUCCUGGAGGGUCACUGUCCUGCAAAGUUUAGCUCCUAGGUGUAUUUGAUUUGGAUUGGAGUUCAUUUUUGCAGGACAGUGACCCUCAAGGACCAAUGGAGACUUUGAUCCUGUUUCACAGUUUCCGUAUAGCGAGUAACCGUGAGAGAAGUAAGAGGCUUUAUGUAUUAUAGAUGAUAAAUUGGAGAUAGCAACUACGUUGUUUCCUCAAAAUUACAAAAGGGUAGUCCUGAAGCCAUAAAUAUUGACGGUUGUUAGCCGCAGAAAGACUUUAAAAUCAACUUUCAUGAGGAUGGAGAGGCUGAAGAGUUUGUGCUGUUUUCACAUUGUGCCCAUUGUUCCAGAAUGCACUUUUGUCUCGUUUUAAGUCUAAUAUCUCUCAAACAAAUACCUACAAAAUAAGAUCAGCUUUUGUAAGGUGUUUUGUUUUCCUUUAAAGCUUUUUAUGUCGUAUAAAAAUUAAAAUUCAUUAAAAAGUAACCACGCCCAAGUUUAGGGAGUCUUCUACAAACUCAGCCCGAAUAAUAGCUCUUAUUUUGUCUUCUCCUCCUCUCUUUAAAGCACGUAAACAAUAUUUCUUUUUCAGAAAUAAGUAUAUAAUCCUAUUGUGUAGGAGGAUCGUGUAGGGCUUUAUUGUACACGUAUGAAGAGAUACUUGCUUACCUAUUCAGGCUUAAUAUAUGGGAAAAGACAGCCUUUGCAAAUAUGUGUGUAUUGUAUAUUGUCGUGUAUAUUGCACCAUGUAUUCCCUCUUUCUGUAUCACAUUCACUAUUCUUAUUUUUUUGCUUGUAUGACUCCAUCUGAUGCAUGAUGUCCCCUCUCUGUUGUAAAAGUUUUUCUUGUGAUGUCACUCUGAUCAUUCCAAUAGUGAGGGAACAUUAACAAGAAGCGAUACGCACUGACAUCCUUCGAUCGCUCGACGUGUGCAUACUUUUUUAAAUUUUGUGCAGAUACAAUCUACAGUACGCAGUGCAGAGAGGAAGUCUUUAAAUCAUUAGCGGACUAUCAGCGUUCAAGGGCAUGACUUGCCACCGUACCUGCCUCUUAAAUGAACAUUCCAGAAACAAUCAGAGGCAACUCGCCCGCUUCCUCCUUGCAUUCAGAAGGACAUCUCAACCCGACAGGGGGACGGGGCCGGCGUUCGGCUUGCCAGGCAGCAACAAGAAAUGAGAUAUUAACGUAUGGGUCUCUCCACACUCGCCCGCUCCUUUCCCCCUCCCCAGUCUAACACUAAAUCUUAAAAUGCUUUCCAGGUCAUAUGUACAUAUGUGUACUUUAAUUAGGUUGAGCAUUACAUAGUAUGAAAGUCAUAUUUUGUACAGAUGUCCAUGUAUGUACAGAACAAAAAUAAAGAAAGAAAAGAAGA